AGCAACUUCUCGCACGUCGUUCGUGUCAACAACGUCGAGGUCGGCACUGUCAAGCCCGGCAUUUAUCGACACCCGGUGUCCGGCCUGGCCCAAAACACCGACUACACUGUCAGUGUGCGGGCCAAGCACGAGACGGCGGUGGGUGAAGAGGCCCGAGGCGGAAGUGACGACACCGGAUGUCCGGUGGCCAGCAUCUCUUUCGUCACCUUACCGAAAGGCAGGUUUUCUCUUUCCUGCAGUUCUUUUUCCAAGAUCAACUUCUUCUUCCUCUACUUGUUCAUUUUAAAAAAAGCCAGAACUGGAUUGCCGGAUCCACCAGUUAACGUGCAAGUCGAACCAGGUCCACAAGAUGGCACUUUGCUCGUGACUUGGCUUCCUGUCACCAUCAUCAAUUCAGGGACUUCAAACGGUGCCCCUGUCACUGGCUAUGCUGUGUUUCUUGAUGGCCAGAAAGUCUGCGAUGUUGGAAGUCCCACUGGUGACCAUGCUGUCAUUGACCUGAGCUUGCUGAUGCGUGAUGUCAACGUUUCAUCGCCAAAUGCACCCAAGCAGGUCACAGUCAAGACAAAGUCUAAGGAAGGAUUAUCUGGAGACUCUGUCCCAGCUCUGUUGACUUUGCCUUUAGUUCUUGCUGCUUCUGUCACUGCCAACGGACGUCUACGAAUCGCUAAUUCCGGUUCUUCAAAGGGUGGUUUGGACCAGUCUUUGGGUGACAUGACGGAAAGAUCCGAACUUUCUGACAUAGCUGAAGAGCCGGAAGAAUCUUUGUCGAGUUCGUGCUCUUCAUCGCCUUCAAUGGAUCCGAUUGUCAGUCAACAACGAAACGAGAUAUUCGAAGCCAAUAACCUUCCUCCGCAAUCAGCACCGGGCCAGAAAUCGUCUUCCAGCAGCGGCGCCUCUUCCUCGCCAUCAGCCGCCGCCGCAUUUGGUUCGCCUGACAACGGCGCCGCCAGUGCCGCCGUUUCCACCGAGAAUGUGGCGGAUUUGAGGCGGACUACUCAACGUAGACUGUUCAUUGCCACUUAUGACUACGACCCGGCUACACAGUCACCCAAUGUGGAUUUCUCUGCCGAGUUGCCAUUCCACCAGGGAGAUUUAAUUACGGUGUGUUGAAAACGA